AUGAACGAAUCCCAAUCCACGUAUGAUCCUGUAAAUAUUAUCAAUGGCGAAGACAAUUUUAUAUUAUCCAUAAUAACAACAUUGUUAUCCGGGGUAUUAUUGUCAACCCGAUUAUACAAACGAAAAACCCGUCUUUUUGUCAAAGGUCUACUAUCUCCGUUAGAAGGAUUUCUUUUAUUCACAUUAAUUGGAGGAAUAUACAUAGAACCAAGAAAUUAUAUCCUUCGUCAAUCAGUUGAAGAUUGGCAAUGGAUAAAUAUUCAAUUAUCCGUUGCAACAUAUUUGGCUGGGGUGUUUCGUACAAUUCCACGAAUUACUAUCAUUCAGCCAACAAAAGAAUCUGAUCAUAUCCAAAAGUCUUUAUGGAUCCCUUCUCUAAUUCUUAUAAGAUACACUUAUUGGUCAUUUUUUGUAAUUAUUAUAGUCGUGUGCCAAGGUUCAUCUAUAAUUUCUGGUUAUUUUCGUAUGCGCUCAGAUAAGCAUUUAUCUGACAUAUUCUUUACCGUUCGCUUUCUGUGCUAUUCAUUUGGUUGCACUUCUAUGUUGUUCGGAUAUGGAAUAUAUGGUCGAACAUUGGUAAAGUUAACAAAACGAAGCUUUGAAUUGAUUGAUGAAACUCGGAGAAAUAAUGAAAGAAUUAAGUGGCAGUUACGAAAGAUGCAAAUGUUCAAUCAAUCGGCAUUUAGCAGCUUCUUAUUUUGGUCAGUUGCAACAUUUUUCAUAGCAUUUUGCCACGAUUUGGUCUGGUCUACUUUGGCACUUUCAGAAAUUCAAAUUAUAAUGGCAUGCCCAGUAACCAUUGUUUCUUACAUUGUUGCGAUGAUUGUGAUUGCAGUGAGUGAUUUGAGAAAUCAAGACUCAAAUCCAGACGAUGUUUCCAUAGCGACAUACAGUAAUCAAUUUAUGCGAUCACAGUCUGCACUCUAA